AUGGAAAUCAAGGACAGACACCUUCAACCCGUGCGGCUAUCUGUGAUCGGAAACAAGAAGCUAUGGGCAGGUUAGUGUAAUUGGGUGAGUAGUUUUAACUAACCCACGAACACAAACUAUUCAGUGGGGCCGAAACUGAUAAGCGAAGCGAAAGUUUAGAAAUCGUGUGAUAAGCGAUAGCGCGUGGAAUUUCGUGUUACUUCAACAGACAAACAAAUUACAAUAUUUCUAACUUUUACAGUUCAUCUCUUGCUUACUCUUCUCUGACCAAAAUAACCGAUUACAGUAAUUAGUAAUCUGUCACGAGUCAAAAGGGACUGUAGUUUACCAUAUUCCGUUGAUAAUCAUGUACCUUAAUGAGACGUUAAGAAGUUAACUCAAGUUUUGCCGCUGUCAUUUAUAUGUCGAUUUUUAUUCCUGCUAAGAAUUCGGCGAUCACUGAAGGUAAACGGUAUUACAUAGGGUACAGCGAUGGUGUUCACCAUACGCUGUCGAAACUAAACCUACGAAUUAAGACAUAAAUCGCGAUAUAAUUCAUAUAGUUUUUAAAUAAUCUGUCUCCUAAGCGUUUCUCUUUAAAAACUUCAGAAACUGGCGAAAUUUUUAUUCUAAAUAAUCAAUAACAACUAGAAAAGCUUGCUUAAAUUUCAAAUUGGCCAAAAGAGCGUCGAUCGAAUUUUAAUUGAAUCUUAACGGCGCUGUUUCAACAGGUUGAUUGCCAUUGUUAUCUAUAUUUCAUUCUUGUCAAUUCCAUACAAAACACCGUGAAUUUCAACUGUCCCACAGUAGAAAAAGAGGAUAGUGGAAAAAAUAGAGAAUCUUUGGACCUUAUCAUCUCUUGACUGUAUACCAGAAAAAAAGAGAAUGAAUCGAAUUCAUGACGAAACAAUAUCGUUUAUCUUAACGACUUUUAGAGGACGGUUUGAGCUGGUAAAAGUAAACAUAAAACAAUAACUUUUGAUGGUCUGUCUUAUCACGACAAUCUGAUGUGCGAUUAAACUGGUCCGCUGAAUUCAGCGUGCCACAAAAAAUAAAACGCGGUAAACGGACCACCCCGCCAACUUUUCGCGUGCCUUUUUCUUUCGCGUCUUCCCCCACUAUCUGAGAGCCUGGAACAGGCUACACGACUAUCUGAUAUGCUAUUAAACUGCUGCGUGCCGCUAAAAAGCCGUAAACGGAGAGCGCAGGGAAACAUGGAACUGAUAUGAAAUGCGAAAGUCCCUCAGUCACAGUGAUAUGAGCAUCUCCGCGUUUUGGGCAUCCGCUUUCCCAAAACUCUAGUGAUAUGGGCAUCCCUCGUAUUACCUCAGCUAUUUGGGUUAGGGUUAGGAUUACGGUUACAGGGGAUGCCCAUAUCACUAGGGUUUUGGGAAUGGGGAUGCCCACAUCAAUGCAACACCCCCUAGUGCGCAUGGUGCCAACCUCGGUCCUUGGGUCUCUCCUACUCAUCCUUGCGCAGGGAGAGAGAGGGAGAGAGGCUGCACAGGCCACGGGUGGGAGAGAACCCUGGAAAUGAGGUUGGUGUGGUGCAUCCUUCCCAUGGUACCACGCUAUUCAUGUCGCGUAAAACCAAUGAGUGACGAGCGACGCCUGGACGCGAUGCAGGGCAGUGAAAGAAUCAAAACUCAGCGUUAAAUACAUUAGCGGCAUUUGCAGCCUGCGUAGCAGGCCACGGUUUUUAGUGUAAAGGAAGAAACCUCGCACGGCCUGUAAAAAGAAUAACCGGCGCCUCCUACGCGGCUACGCAGACUGGGGCACUUGUGGGAAUAAGAACAAAUGGAAUUAUCUCUUGAGAUAUUAUCUAUCUCUAAUAAUUGACUAAGGACGAUUAGAUUCAUCUCCGAGCCCUAUUACAAUAUCAUUGUACAAGAGACUUGUACAGCUAAGUGUGGGGUUUUUUUUAAUUUAAGGAGAACCUUGGUAUAUCUGCCGACAGAGCUGCACGGCGUUUCUUUUUGUCUUAAUGCUGUUGUACGUGUAUUACUUCUCCUGCUACAUGAGACAUGAAAUCCGAGCCGUCUACCAUGCUCCUCCUCUCCAGUCCUUUCACUCUCGCUGUCGGGGCGCGUUUCAAACGCUAACCAAAGGGCACUGGGUACAAAGAAAUGUCAGCAUCCAGGCUUUACAGAACCGAAGACAAUUGGACGCUAUCUUACGCAUGCGCAAGGGCUGGCCCGAGCGACUCUUUCACGGAGACCGACGUUGUGGUCCGAGAUUUCCUCUUCCUCGUAAAACAAGAAAUAAAGAUCGACCUUAUGUUUUAGAUGUACAAGCUCAGUGCGAUACAGACAGCGAGAAUUACUGUUGCCAUGGGAACACAGGCUGGUGUGGCCAUGGCGACAAGUUUUGUGGCUGCCCCAGCUGUAUAAAUUAUAAAUCUUUUAUCUCCGCGGAGCUAGCUCAGUGGCUGCCACUUAGCGGUUGCCGUGUUAUAAAUUUCACUCAAUCGUCCGCCUGUGAAUCAAUAUCUCGAGGAGUCAGUAGUGUGACCUUCAUAGGAGACUCUCUAGUGAGACAUCUUUUCUCCGCCAUGGUGAUCAUUUUGACGAAUGAUCCGCUACACGGCGCCUUAAAAUAUAACACCGCACCCAAGAUGCGUGACAUGUGUAAAGGAGAUAGCCAAUUCGUGGACAGUAUAUGUCACGUUCACACUGCAAUGACUUGGCGUGACCUAACGGACCAUCCCAAUUUCUGUGAUGGUUGGGCGAAAUUUCAAAUCUCGUACGUUAAGGCGUAUAAAGUGGAAGUUGCAGAUCUAGCUCUUCUUGCCAUCAAAAAACGUCUCAACAAAGUUGGUUCUGUCGUUCUUAUGGGCAUUGGAAUACACAAUAACUUCAACGCGUCAGCGGUUAUUCAGUCAUACCUUGAGCCCGCAGUUCAGUUGGUUGCAACUUCCAAAAAUGGUUGGCCGCACCUUAUUUGGCUAUCAACCCAUUCGAUGGGUCCUUUGAAACCAAUCAAUUACCAUCGUGACCAGGGAAAUCCUGCCAUUUUGUCCUUCAAUAACAGCCUUACAAAAUACUGCGAGCAACACAACAUAACAGUGUUUGAUAGUUUCAACAUGACGGCUGGAGUUCAUAGUUUUGACGGUACCCACUUUGGAGUUGGGGUGAACACGAUGAAAGUACAAAUUCUUCUUAACUACCUAGAAGAAACCUUUUCAAGGUGA